CUGGGGGAUGUUUUGUCCUGCUAUGAAACCCUUCCUUGUGCUAGUGCUUUGCUCUAGUUUCUUUUCUAGCAGAGCUACCCCUCUUCCAUUUGAGUUUUCCGACUGCAAUGACCCUGAUGUCUUUCAAGCUGUCGACACAGCACUGAAGAAAUACAACGGAGACAGGACCACUGGUAAUCAGUUUGCUCUACACGUAGUGAUGGAAGCCAAAAAAACAGUAAAUCCCGACACACAAUUCCAUGUGAAAUAUACAAUACGAGAGAGCACUUGUGCCAUUGAGGAAAACAAAGACUGGAAAUACUGUGAUUACAAAGUACCUGCAGAAGCUGAAACCGGAGAAUGCACAGCUCAAGUUCACAUUAAUAAGGCUGAAAACACAAGUAACGUUUCACAAGUUUGCAAAACUGUUCCAGCUGAGACAAAGGUAGAGCUCUCUGAGGCUGAGUGUCUUGGAUGCUUUCGUCACAUAUCAAGUGACACUCUACAAGUGUCAGAAAUUCUGAAGCAAGCCAUUAACAAGUUUAACAAGCAUGGUGAUGAAACUGCCCUUUUUAAACUUGUUGAAAUAAAAGAAGCAAAAAGACAGGUGGUAGCUGGAUGGAAUUAUGUAAUUAAAUAUGAAAUCAAGGAAACUAAUUGCUCCAGAGACGAAUUUCAAGAUUUAAGUCCAGAGUGCAAAACCAUUUCUACAGGGCGUGUAGGUAACUGUGAGGCCAAAGCAUAUGAAAGUCCUCGGGCAGGGAUCAUAGAUAUUGCAAGUCAAUGCAAGUUUCCAGCUGACGAAACAGUAAAUGCCCCCACUCUCAUUUGUGCUGGUUGUCCAAGGACUAUCUCAAGAGACAGCCCAGAACUGAAAGAACUACUGGCGGCUUCUAUGGAGAAGUACAACUUGGAGACCAAUGAUGAUUUCUACUACAAAGCUGGAGACAUAGAAGCAGCAACAGUUCAGGUGGUUGCAGGGAAAAAUUACCAUAUAGCAUUUACAGUCAGGAAGACAAACUGCUCAAAGCAAGAGUUUGAAAAACUUAAUGAAGACUGUGAAGCUGCACCUGACAGCGAACCAUUGAGAUGUGAAGCACAAAUUUAUGUAGUCCCCUGGGAGAAUAAAAUCUUACCCCAGAUUAACUGCACUAAAGAAUAUUUACCGGUUUUGCUUGCAAGAAGGCCUCCUGGAUUCACGCCCUUCCGAAUCGGAUCUUUUAUACAGUAUCAGACAGGUGAAAUAACAUCCUCUGAUAAAAAUGAAUCAGAAAGUCAAACACCCAGCCAGGAAACAAGAACGGAACAUGAACAAGGACCAGAAGGUGAAGGUGAAUCUGAGCGUAAACACAGGCACAAACGUGAGCAUAAAUAUGAGCAUGGAUUUAAAAAAAAUCGUGAUUCCUACAAGAGGCACAGGCAGGACACGGACUGCGGGCACGGAACUGACGACGGAUGUGAGCAUCGAAAACACAGUAAACAUGGUAAACACAAACCUGAAUCUUCUGAGGAAUCUGAUGAAAGGGCUUUUAAUCACAAGGAAACUCUGUCACCAUCCAAUGCUGACAUUGUGUUAGAUCUGGUUACUCCUGGGGCUGCAAGACAGGAAACUAGUAUUCCUGCAGAAACAGUAACUCCUCCUGUUACUUUUUUAUUUAAUGGGUUGCCAGAUAACUCGGAAUCUCCUCUUCCUCGAUGCCCUGGAAAACCAUGGAAACCAAUUAUAGAGCUCCCAAUUCUUCCUAGUUUACGCACAGAACUGGCAGAUGAAGACCUCUUACCUUCAGAAGCACAAAAUACCAGUCCAGCAACAGAAAAUUCAAAUCCUAUCCAAAAUGAAGACACAGACUUGGACCUUUCAGACGCUUUAGGUUAA